AUGGCCAUGUCUGGGCCAGAUUAUCUGGGGACAACCGUCCUGGUUGUUGCCUGGGUGUUUGCUGGCCUCGCCUCGAUUGUUGUUGGUACCAGAUACUACGUUCGUUGGAGGAUCAUAGGAAAAUUUACCAUAGACGACGCCCUCAUCUUCGUUGGUUACGCAUUUGGAAUAGGGAAUUCUAUUUUUUUGACCAUAUCUACUCACUGGGGACUGGGAACCCAUAUGGCAAAGUUGUCGGAAGAAGGGAUCAUGCACUCCGUGAAAUGGGUCUAUCUCUGCGAAUUCUUCUCCAUCAUGUCUCCUGGUAUAGGGCGGAUAGCCUAUGCAUCUUUACUUCUCGGUCUCCUUCCGCCUAUCAAAUGGCGCAGCCGCAUGCUAUGGAGCCUGAUAUGGAUCCAGUUUAUUGUUGAUAUCGCGACGGUGAUCAUCAGCUUCUCCCAAUGCCGGCCUAUAAGCAAGUUCUGGAACAAUAGUAUCCCAGGCAGCUGUUGGCCUCCGAAAGUCCAGCAGAACACCGGUUACUUCCAGGGAGCAGCGGUAUGUUCGGCGGUUGAUCUUGCCCUUGCGGCCUUUCCCGCUAGUAUGUUCUGGAAUUUGAACAUGGAGUGGAAGAAGAAGGUAUCCCUUUCAUGUCUUAUGGGACUAGGUGUUUUCCCCGAUACCAGUGCGAUGAUCGCGUCAAUUAUCAAGACAGUCCAGUUAAGAGCAAUCACUGCAAAGGCUGAUAUCACCUACGCCAUGGCUCAGCUCGCCAUCUGGUGGACACUGGAGGCAUACCUGGUCAUCAUCGCGACCUCGAUACCCACUCUCAGGCCAAUAAUGACGCCUAACAGGGGCGGAACCAGACCAAGAGGCAGCUCGAUCAAGAGAUCUACCAUGAUCCACUCCCAUCAGUCUAGCUACGGACAUAGUAGACAGUUCGAGCGCAUAGAAGACUCCCAGCUUCUGGAGAGUGGCUCUCGGACGAGCAUCCCUUAUGCCGGCGAUGCUUAUAUCAUGGAAGAAGGACGCAGUCUGGACCGCAAUAACCUGGAAAGACUGGAGGGGAUAGAGAAGACAACGACCAUCGGCGUUACUUAUGCUGAUGCCACCAAGUCGGAUCCCCAGCUGCGACUUGGAGCUGAUUUUCGAUGA